GCUCCCGGGAGCCCCGCAAACCCCGCUCCGCCCGCGCCCCGCACAGCACCGAGGCUCCCGGCCCGGUCCGCCCAGCUGCCCCUCCCCGGGGCCAUGGGGGCACCCCCGGGCUACCGACCCUCUGCCUGGGUGCAUCUCCUCCACCAGCUGCCCCGCGCUGACUUCCAGCUCCGACCGGUGCCCAGCGGUUUUGCGCCCCGCGACCAAGAGUACCAGCAGGCUCUCCUGCUGGUGGCAGCCUUGGCCGGGCUGGGUUUAGGCCUGAGCCUCAUCUUCAUCGCUGUCUACCUCAUCCGCUUCUGCUGCUGCAGGCCCCCAGAACCCCCUGGGGCCAAGAGUCCCCCACCCGGAGGAGGCUGUGUUAUCUGGAGCUGCAUCGCUGCCCUUCUCGUGGGCUGUGCGGGCAUUGGCAUUGGUUUCUAUGGCAACAGCGAGACCAGCGAUGGGGUGUCCCAGCUCAGCUCAGCUCUGCUGCAUGCCAACCACACACUCAGCACCAUUGAUGACUUGGUGCUGGAAACAGUGGAGAGGCUGGGUGAGGCGGUGAGGACUGAGCUGACCACCCUGGAGGAAGUACUAUCAGAACGUGUGGAGCUGGUGGCCGCCACCCGGGGAGCCAGGAGGCAGGCUGAGGCCGUGGCUCAGCACCUACAAGGACUGGCCUUCUGGCAAGGAGUGUCCCUCAGCCCAGUGCAGGUGGCUGAAGAUGUGACUUUUGUGGAGGAGUACAGGUGGCUGGCCUAUGUCCUCCUGCUGCUCUUGGUGCUGCUGGUUUGCCUCUUCACCCUCUUGGGCCUGGCGAAGCAGAGCAAGUGGCUGGUGGUUGUGAUGACCGCCAUGAGUCUCCUGGUGCUUGUCCUGAGCUGGGGUUCUAUGGGCCUAGAGGCUGCCACAGCUGUGGGCCUCAGUGACUUCUGUUCCAACCCAGACACCUAUGUGCUUAACCUGACCGAGGAGGAGACAGGGCUCAGCUCAGACAUCCUCAACUAUUAUUUCCUGUGCAACCAGGCGGUCUCCAACCCCUUCCAACAGAGGCUGACUCUGUCCCAGCGAGCUCUAGCCAGCAUCCACUCCCAGCUGCAGGGCCUGGAACGGGAAGCUGUCCCUCAGUUCCCUGCAGCACAGAAGCCCUUGUUAUCUUUGGAGGAGACGCUGAAUGUGACAGAGGGAAGCUUCCACCAGUUGGUGGCACUGUUGCACUGCCGCAGUCUGCACAAGGACUAUGGCUUGGCACUCCGAGGCCUGUGUGAAGAUGCCCUGGAGGGCCUGCUGUUCCUGAUGCUCUUCUCUCUCCUGUCUGCGGGGGCCCUGGCCACCACCCUUUGCAGCCUGCCCCGUGCCUGGGCCCUCUUCCCGCCCAGUGAUGACUACGAUGACACAGAUGAUGACGACCCUUUCAACCCUCAGGAAUCCAAGCGCUUUGUGCAGUGGCAGUCUUCCAUCUGAGCCUCCCCUCCAGCCUGGAGUGGCCUUUCCUGUUAGCUCCUUUCCUGACUGCUGGAGAAGGCCCCACUAACCUGACCCUGACUGGGCUCUGACCACUAACACUGCUGGCCAUGGACACCUCACAUAGGAUGACAUUCUGCUCUGGCCCCAACAUUCCCCCAUUCCCAUUUGUCUUUAGCACAAGGGACUGCUGAGAUAGCAGAGCAGGGAUCUGGGCUCACUGGGAAGGGGGCUGACCUACAGCCAGGUGUCCCUCACCUCUGGCUGGCUGCUGCUAUUGUUCUUGGAGGGACUAGGGGAGGCAGGAAUAAGGAUGUCUCUGCUCCUGCCAUAUUCCAGCAAUCUCAACUCACGGCACUAACUUGGAAGAGGGUUGAUUUGAAAUAAAAGGGAAGACUAUUUUACAAGUAGCUAGGACCUUCUUUCUUUCUCCCCUCCUGGGAGAAGAAGUCCUGACUGAGCUAGAGAGAUGACCCCUUCCCUGACGGUUGAAAGACAACUCUCCUCUUGUCUAGGUUCAGCACUGCUCUGGUUGUCCUGACAAAGGAAGAGGCAGCCCCAGGAAGAGAAUAAACGUAGCUCUAGAUCUAAACAUGCAUGAAUCCACAGGAACAACAAAGUCAAGCUUCCAGACAUGUGGAAUGUGAAGGCCUAAUGGGUUUAGGAACGGUGUGGCAUCAACUCACUUCCUAGCAGUUCAAAUCCAGCACAAGAUGUCAGAAAACCUAAGUGUGUGCCAGUAAAGGGGAAGAAGUAUUCAAAGAGAAAGUAGAAUAUUUGUAUGUAGUGCUGCUAAGGUGAUGUAGAAGAGGAAACAUGAAGAUAUAAAUCUAGACAAGAAAAGAUAAGGCAGUCAAUGAGCUAAAAACUACAAACAAACCAACAAAUAUGGCAGAGGAAAAAGGGAAAUUUAUUGUAUGGGAAUAAUGCCUAUGUAGUUCUCUUUUGUAAAAAGAAAAAAUAAGCACAUAUGACAAAUAAUUCAUAAAAGACAACUCAGUUUAAAAAUAAGCAACUGAGAUGAACAUACGAAGAAACAAAAAUCCAGAGACAAAACUCAUAAGUGGUUAAAAUUCUAAUGAUUUCCAAACACAAUGUGCUACUCCCCUGCCCAAUACUUACUUACUGUGACGUUAAAUUGGGGUGCUGUCUGGUGCUGUUCUAGAAGCCCAGAGAAGAGGUGCUCAAAAUAUGCUGCCCAGAGGCUGUGAAUCCCCAGUUGUAUGAAAACAAACAAACAAACACCUACUUAUCUGUGAAAGAAUGGCAACUGUGAUCCUUUGAGGAACGGCUUCCAGAAAGAGACAAGCAACUGAAGAUGUGUGUGAAGAGCCCUCUGUCCAGGCAACACUUGGCUUAGUUACAUGCUGGAGACAAAAAGUCCACAAAAGGAAGAAGUGACCUGCUAAGUAGAACUCUCUAGAAGACCAGCAGUUCUCUAAGGGAAGCCAGUAGAGCAGGAUCCUCAGGUUGGGUGUGACAAACAGUGGCAGUCGGGUGCAGAAGCACCAGGUGACAGACCCUGAAACGCCCCCACACAGCGAUUGGAUGCUUCUGGGCCCCAGUCCAGGCACCACACUGCCGAAUGUGGGCAAGUCAGAUGACUUGUCGAACCUCAGUUGCAUCGUCAAGCAAAUGGGUGUCAUAAAUCCAGAAACCUCAGCUCUGACAGGACAGGGAAAAGCAAAAUAAAUGCAACACGAUGCUCUGGGUUACACACUGGCACACAGAAAACAUUAAUGAGAAAAGUAUCGAAGUCUAAAGUUUGCGGCUUGGUUCAGAGUAUUAAAGCAACGUCAGUCAGUUUCUUACUUUUUAACAAAUAAACCAAGGUGAAUCCGAGGUGAUAGCAAUAGGGGAAACUGGGCAUUCUGUGCCCAACUCCUGUAUUAUCUUUGCAACUUCCCCCCUGUAAACCCAAAUUUAUUCUAAAAUAAAAGUUCAUUAUUAAAAA